UAUAGCUCUUUACAGAUCUGUCAAGUGUUAAGUUCCAAAACACUAUUACAUUUCGCCAGAUGAACCCACCAAAAUUUGUCAGUUCCAUCUCCAUCGAAUCCGUGGAAUCAUCUGUUCAAAACCUAACCAAGAGCUGGAACAGAAGGCAAAAAUGGAAGAAGUUCUGUCUCAAUCCUAGUACUGAUGAAGAAGAAGAAGAAGAAGAAGAAGCAGAAGAAGGCCCCAGUAAUAAUAUUAUGGCAGCAUGGAGAAGCAAGUUGACAAGAUUUCUAGAAUCAACACCAGUUCAUACUGUUUCAAUCUUAUUACUUUUUAUGGAUCUCAUCUUAACUAUACUUGAGCUUUCAUCUUCUUUACUAUCAUGCACUCCAAAAAAGAAUUAUUACAAGGUAGAAAAGGUUUGGUAUCAUUGGGUAGGAAUUGGUAUCCUGAUCCUGCUUUCUGCUAAGGCAGUGGCUUUAGCUAUAGGGCUUGGCAGGUCUUUCUUUAAGCGACCAGGUUAUGUUGUUGAUGGUGCAGUUGCUUCCAUGGCAUUAUUUUUGGAAGCAUUUUUGGAGAAGGAAGGAGGAGGAUUGCUUGUUGUGGUAAGCUUGUGGAGGGUUGUUAGAGUGGUGGAGAGUGCUUUUGAGUUAAGUGAUGAAGCCAUUGAAGCACAGAUUGAAGGGAUAAUAUGCCAAUUUGAGCUGCUUAGAGAAGAGAAUGCAAGAUUACUGGAGACCAUUGCUGAGAAGGAUAUGGUAAUACAUAAGUUACAAGAAAUAAUAGAGAAGCUAGAAGAACAAUCAAAAUGUAAUGCCCCAAUAGCUUAGCCAUCUCUUCCACUACUUAGAAUACAAAUUAGUUUCUUAAACCUUUUCUGGAAGGAGCUCUUGUAAGAAUACAUUUUAUUUUGGUCUUCAUAUUAAGUUAAAGUGUAGGCACAUAAAUAUGUAUUCUAC